AGUCCCGGCCUGGCCCGGCGCGGCCCAGCCCGGCCGGGGGCAGCUCAGCCCCGGCGUGGGGAGGACUUUGCAGGAAGAAAAAACUGGAAUAGGGAGCUGGAUUUGUCUGUCCCACUGAAGACCAUGAGUAGGUAAUGCACAGUGAGGAUUAUUGGGAGCCAUGUCAGACGAGUCAAUCUCAGGGAGUGAUCCAGACUUGGACCCAGACUUGGAGCCGGAGGAUAUGGAAGAGGAGGAGGAGGAGGAGGAGGAGGAGGAGGAGGAGGCAAUGGAGGAGGGAAAUGAUGGAGAUGAUGAGGAAGACUUACUUGAUGAAAAUGACCAGUCCAGAGAAGGCAUGUAUGGCACUGAACAUACCCAGUCUGAGGAAGAUGGGGAAUGGCAGCACUCUACUUCAACUACCUCAUCUCAGAGCAAAAGGGCAGAGCGUCUUGGUCAGAACCAGCGCAAGAACCUGACCUCUGAGGACACCAAAAAAAAGAGGGCUCAGAAACCUUCCCAUAUGAGGAGGAACAUAAGAAAGCUGCUACGGGAGGAUCAAUUGGAGGCAGUCACCAAAGCAGCUCAACAGGAAGAACUGGAGAGAAGAAAACGGCUGGAACAGCAAAGGAAGGACUAUCCUGCCCCAAUCCCCACUGUACCACUAGAGUACCUCCCAGAGGAAAUUGUUUUACGAGCAGGUGAUACUUCCCAGCUCCCCCCUCAGGUCUUAGCUCAAGAAGUUAUUUGUUUGGAUAGCACCAGCAGUGGCAGUGAGGAGGAGACAAAGGGAAUACUCCAUGGCAUUAAAGAUGAAGUGAUCGAACUGAGUUCCGGAGAGGAUGAGGCCCUUCAAAUUGUGGACAGUAGUGAUUCUGCCAAUGAAGGGGAUGGCGAUGCCACAGAGGAGAGCAGUGGCUCCCAUGUGAAUGAUGCCUUAAAUCAGUCAGACGCUAUGGGGCAGGUCAUUGUCAACAUCAACCAUCCACCCAAUGAGGAAAAUAUCUUCCUAGCUCCACAGUUGGCACGUGCAGUGAAACCUCAUCAGAUUGGUGGAAUCCGAUUCCUGUAUGACAAUUUGGUGGAGUCCCUGGAGAGAUUUAAAACCAGCAGUGGAUUUGGCUGUAUUCUGGCUCACAGCAUGGGUUUGGGGAAAACUCUACAAGUCAUCUCCUUCUUAGAUGUCCUCUUCCGACAUACAGAAGCCAAGACUGUCCUUGCUAUUGUACCGGUGAACACUCUUCAGAAUUGGCUGGCAGAAUUCAACAUGUGGCUGCCAGCCCCUGAAGCUCUACCCGCUGACUAUAAACCUGAAGAGAUUCAGCCACGCUACUUUAAAGUCCACAUUCUGAAUGAUGAGCACAAGACGACGGCUGCUCGUGCUAAGGUGGUGACUGAUUGGGUGUCAGAGGGAGGGGUGCUGCUGAUGGGGUAUGAAAUGUACCGACUCCUCUCCCUGAAGAAAUCCUUUGCUACAGGUAGGAAGAAGAAAACCAAGAAACCUGCUUGUCCAGUAAUCAUCGACCUGGAUGAGGAGGAUCGACAACAAGAGCUCAUGAAAGGCAUUGAGAAGGCCCUUUCUCGCCCUGGCCCUGAUGUAGUGAUUUGUGAUGAGGGGCACCGAAUCAAGAAUUGCCAUGCCAGUACAUCCCAGGCCCUAAAAAAUAUCCGGUCUCGCCGACGGGUGGUGUUGACUGGAUAUCCUCUCCAAAACAACCUCAUUGAGUACUGGUGUAUGGUGGACUUUGUACGUCCUGAUUUCCUAGGCACUCGGCAGGAGUUCAGCAACAUGUUUGAGCGUCCCAUUCUCAAUGGGCAGUGUAUUGACAGCACCCCUCAGGAUGUUCGUCUCAUGCGAUAUCGAAGCCAUGUUCUUCAUAGCCUCCUGGAAGGAUUUGUGCAGAGGCGAGGCCACAGUGUGUUGAAGAUACAGCUUCCAUACAAAGAAGAGCAUGUAAUCCUAGUGAGACUCUCCAAAAUCCAACGGGCUCUGUACACAGAGUUCAUGAAUCGUUUCCGUGAUGCUGGCAACAGUGGCUGGCUGGGGCUCAACCCUCUCAAGGCAUUCUGUGUGUGCUGCAAGAUCUGGAAUCAUCCUGAUGUGCUACAUGAAGCCCUUCAGAAAGAGAACCUUGCCAAUGAACAGGACUUGGAUGUAGAUGACCUCAGCACAGCUGGGACCAAUGCCCGCUGCCAGACCCAGGGAAUUAAGGUCAAAACUGAGGGUAGCACCUUGGCAUCCUCAGGGGGAGAGGCAACAAACAGCAAAUUCCUACAGGGGGUAGGCGGCUUCAACCCCUUUCAGGAGCGAGCCAACCAAGUUGUCACUUAUGAAUGGGCCAAGGACAUCCUAUGUGAUUAUCAGACAGGAGUCUUGGAGAACUCACCCAAAAUGGUGCUGCUCUUCCAUUUAAUUGAAGAAAGUGUGAAACUUGGGGACAAGAUCCUUGUAUUCAGUCAGAGUCUUUCUACCUUGUCUGUCAUUGAGGAGUUCCUGGCCAAGAGAAUAAUGCCCUGCCUGCCUGGCUCAGAUGGUCAAGGAGAUCAGAACUGGAUUCGAAACCUCAGCUAUUAUCGAUUAGAUGGUAGCACCUCAGCUUCUGAAAGGGAGCGUCUUAUCAACCAAUUUAAUGAUCCCAACAACAGCUCCGUCUGGCUCUUCCUUCUUUCUACAAGAGCUGGAUGCUUGGGUGUGAAUCUGAUUGGUGCCAACCGAGUUGUGGUGUUUGAUGCCUCCUGGAACCCUUGUCAUGAUGCUCAGGCAGUGUGCCGGGUGUACCGCUAUGGGCAGAAGAAGCCUUGUCAUAUCUACCGCCUAGUGUCUGACUACACACUGGAGAAGAAAAUCUAUGACCGGCAGAUUUCCAAACAGGGCAUGUCAGAUCGGGUGGUGGAUGAUUUAAAUCCAGUACUAAACUUUACUCGGAGGGAGGUAGAGAACCUAUUGCAUUUUGUGGAAGAGGAGCCAGACCCUGCCCAGCUGGCACUGAACAUGAGUAAAAUCAAGGACUCUGUCUUACAGCUUGCCUGUCUCAAAUACCCUCACCUCAUCACCAAGGAGCCUUUCCAGCACGAAUCGCUGCUCCUGGAUCGCAAGGAGCACAAGUUGACCAAGGCAGAGAAAAAAGCUGCAAAAAAAAGCUAUGAAGAGGAGAAACGGGCAUCUGUCCCUUACACUCGUCCAUCCUAUGCUCAGUAUUAUCCUGCCAGCGACCAGAGCCUGACCAGUAUCCCUGCCUUCAGCCAGAGAAACUGGAGGCCAAGCCUGAAAGGCGAUGACAAGCCUGUGGCCAGUGUCCGCCCCGUGCAGUCCACCCCCAUCCCUAUGAUGCCCCGGCAUGUCCCGUUGGGCAGCUCCGUCUCUGCUUCUGCAUCCAACCCAGCAGUUAACUUCCCCAUCAACUACUUACAGCGUGCAGGGGUCCUUGUGCAGAAGAUUGUUACUACUACAGAUAUUGUCAUUCCUGGAACAAACAGCUCCACAGAUGUGCAGGCAAGAAUCAGCGCUGGGGAGAGCAUUCAUAUCAUCCGUGGGACAAAGGGGACAUAUAUCCGGACCAGUGAUGGGAGGAUUUUUGCCAUCAGGACAACUGGGAAACCAAAGGCUGAUGAUCGCCGGACAGCUGCCUCAGGAUCCCAGGGUCCGUCUCUAGAGUCCACAAGCAAUGGCAGACAUAGUGCCUCAUCGCCAAAACCCCCCAACACAGAGGAGCUGGCCAGACCUAUUUCCCCUGACAGCCCUGAGAUCAUCAGUGAAUUGCAGCAGUACGCAGAGGCUGCAGCUGCUCGAGAGACUCAUCACAUCUCGCCUAGCACCAACCCCGUCUCCUCCGGUCCCCCAACCCGGUCUACAGACAGUAACGCAGUCCCUGGGACCGCUCGAGGGCCUGAGCCUCGCUUAGGGAGCCAUUGCCUGGCCCUCUCCCUCCCGGCCACCAGCCAGCCCAGUGAUGGGCACCCAGUACUGGACUUACGGGGCAACAAGCGCAAGUCGGCCUCACCAUCUGCCACAGAGGAGCCAGCCCGCCGGCCGCCCAAAAAGUGCCAGCUGCCAGCCCCCGUGCAGCCGUAUGAACACGGGUACCCAGUUUCCAGUGGAUUUGCCAUGCCACCAGUCUCUUUAAACCACAACCUCACCCAUCCCUUCACCCCCCAGGCGGGGAACUCUUUCUACAUGGGUACUGGCUCCUCCUAUUACCAGCUGCCCAAUCUGCUGGCAGACUCCCCGCUGGUAUUCCCAGUGACUACUGACCCCCUCCUGCCAGCUGGCCCAGUCAGCUCUUCUUCUGCUGCUACCUCAGCCACUGCCAGUGUCCCCUCCUUCAUGCUAAACCCCUCUGUGACGGGGAUGCUGCCUAGCUACUCACUCCCCUUCACACAGUCUCUCCUGCCCGAGCCCAGGAUGUUUGCACCCUUUCCCUCCACCAUUCUGCCCAGCAGCCUUGCCCGGGGCAUGUCAGUCUACCCAGGCUAUAUGUCGCCCCACUCGGGGUACCCAGCGGGCAGUCUCCUACGGUCCCAGGUGCCUCAUUUUGACUCCCACGAGGUCUCGGAGGUGGGGUGCAGCUCCAAUGAAGAUGAGGACAAGGACGAUGAUGUGAUAGAAAUCACAGGGAAAUAGCUGGGGAAUCUCUCUUCACCUCACUCUGGCCCCCCCAAUGGGCUUCCCAUUGGAAUUGGAAGGCAAAGACUGGGGCUCUGAAGAGAUAGGGCCCAGAAAAAGAGAACAGUAGGCAGACAGGGACUGUCUGUCAUUAGAUAUCAGGGGUUCUGGAUUGUUUAGCAAGAAAGGAGAAAAUCCAGACUGCUACAGUGGAGGGAGUUUGAGGACUGGGGACCAGAGAUAGAACAUCCUGCCUUUCUCCCUGUCUCCCCAACCUGUGCUGUCUGCCUGACUGAAUGGGAGAGUCCAUGUGAAGAUUGGUUCUUCUGGCUUAUGUCUGGAGGCUUCCAUCCAGUUUCUGGCUUUUGGGAGCCCUCUCAAGAGAGCUGCCUUACUAGGUGAUUUAGCUUGGUCUGGGGAGGGCAGGGUGGGUGGGUGGAGAGCAAAGGCAAAAGGGACAGAGGAGGAUAGACUGAGAUCCCCAUGUGAAAUGGGGUCAUUUCUUAGGGAUGGAGCAGGAAUUCAGCCAGAUGAUGUGCUUUUGUGUGUGUGUGUGAGAGAGAGAGAGACAGAGACAGCAUGGUAGGAGGGAAGAAGGGAGGGCUCUGGGGAAUAGGGGCUGGGGAGAACUUGAAAUUUUAUUAAGUGAAAUAAAUAGUAGUGGCUUCUUUCCAGCUUGAACAGUGGGUAAAAUAGAAGGGACUCAGCUCAGGGUUGGGAGAGUUGCCUUUUCACGAUUCCAUCUAGAUAUGGGAUGACUGAGAAGACCUGGUUUGACCCACUGUCUUGAGAUGCAGAUUCUCAGUGCUGCAUUUGCUUUAGGAUUUGAAGAAAAAUACAAAGAUUACACAUUGCCAGGUUGUGUUUCUCCUUGACAUGUCUGUGUCUCUGGGCAGCUGUUGCUUUCCUUCUUGAAAGGAAGUUGUGUGUGUAUCCUGUGAGGGAGUGGGUGGUGGGGAGGGGAAGAUUCACUGCCAUGUGUGGAGUUUCUCAGUGGUAGAAGACUGAACCCCCAACUACCUGGCCUAGUGGUAUGUCUUUGUUCCCUCCUCCAUUAGAAAUCUCCAUGUUAAUUUAUUUCAUGAAGGCAAUUAUUUAUUAUUGGGGAUUUUCUUUUUUUUUUUUCAUUUAUGUUAGGGGGAAGGAGUUGGGAGGGGGGAGGGGGGAGAUAGGAAGCAAAUGGGGAUGGGGACUUUUAAGGUCUCCCUGACCCUUUGGUUGUCUGUGAGAAAUACUAUAUGGACAGGGAAUCAGUCUUGGAUGGAAGUUAGAGGAUUUGACCAAAGUAUAGACUGUAGUUAGGACCAAUGCAUUUCUAGGUGGUGAUUUCCUAGGAUUAGUGUGGAGACAUGAAAUUGGCUGCAAAGUGAGAAGGUUGGGAACAUUUGUCCUGGUUUUGAGACCUCCAGUAUAUUCCACUCCUGGAAAGGGAAAGUAGCUUAAGACUUUGGAGCAUUGGCUGCCCUUUAAGUUCCUCACAGUUUGUCUACUGUUUGUGGUAAAUUUGGAAGGAGGGGAAUAUAAACUUACUUUCAGGAUAAGAAAUAUUCCCAGCUCCUAAAGUAUAUCAUUUAACAAAUAUGCUGGAUGUGACUGUUUUCCAGUGGGAAGGAAUAGUUAACACCAUCUCUCCCCUUCUCUGAAUCCUGGGGUUUGAUUUCCAUUUUCAGAAGCCAAUUGGUCAUUCUGGGCUCAACCUUUUCCUGGUGACAGUGUCUAAGCUAAGUGGGUGCCUCUCUCAGGACUGAUGUUGGGUUUUUGAGUUACUAGAUAUUGUAAACAGCUGAGGUGAGAAGGCUGAUAUGCUUUUCCGGGGGACAUCUGGAGCUGAUGACCAUGUCUCCUCAGCAAGUUCUUGUAGUGGGUCAUUUGUCUCCUCCCAGCUUUUUGAGGAGAUUAUGACUACACUGACCCCAGGAGUUGAGAUCUCUUGUGAAUUUUCUGUCCAAACACUGUUUUCAUCGUUCAAAGGACUAGGUGUGCUGAGUAAUUCCGAAGGGGAAAAAGAGAAGAUGGAUGGUAGGGGUGUGUGCAUAUAUACCAGUGCACAUGUACGUACUGUUGUCUAAAAAUGCCAAAAGUGGAACCUUAGAGCUUGCUUUCUCUCUGUUUUCAUAGGCAUUCUGUCAGACAUACCUAACUCUGCUACUCAUAGAAGCCUUAGAUCUACAGUUUAGCUAUGCAAAUUAUUUUUGAUUAAUUUAAGAAUAGCAGUUCAAACCAGUGUUUUCUCUUUCAGACACUUCCCAUGAGUUGACAGUGAAGGGCUCCGUUGGAGCAGGCUCAGGUUUAAACUGGCACAGUAGAAGGGAACUAAUCUGGACCCACUGGGUUCAUUCACUACCUGAUCUGUGUUAGUGGCUCCAAAGACCCAAUAACAGGAAGGGUCUUGAGUCAUGUGUUGGGAGGAGGGAGAUUUGUCUUUCCUGCUGCCUCUUUUCUUGUCCACUGACACUGAUUGUAUCAUCACUUUGUCACUAGAGUUGGUGGGCAGGCUAAUGAGGUGGAACUGGCACAGGGACCAGGAUCACAGAUCCCUCUACAAGAUAGGGAACUGAUGCUCAUAGAAGUACAAGACCCCUUGGUAUUUGCCAGGUCAUGCAUGGUUUCACAGGGUUGGCUGUAAUGGGGGCAUUUAUCUGCCACCUCUCACAUGUGAUACCUGGGGUUACUUCUCACAGUCAUAUACACCUGCUCCAUCAUUGAAGGCCAAAGCUUUGGGAGGCUGGUCUUGCUCAAAGUGGCCGCCUUUGAUGAUUACAGUUGUAGAUUUUGUGGGAAAGUGGGAUGGUUGAGGGAUCUGAGUUUCUGAGGGUUUUAUAAUGACUUUUAGAAAAAAACAAAACCCUGUCUUUACUGCUGCCUUUCUGUGUAUGUCUGUCAUGUGUGUUUGUGUAUAUGUAUGUGAGGGAAGCAGAUGGUGUCAUGGAGGCCAUGAAAAUCAUAUUCUUGCUUGCUUUCGCUAAGGCAGGGACAAAUAAAUGGCAGUAGCUUUCACUGUCCAGAUUGUUUAGUAAAGAUGGAAUGAAGAGGAGGGUGAGGGUAGUGUAUCCAAGGUAAUUCUUAGGCUGAUGACAUCUAUGGGUUGGGGUGGGGUUUUUUUUUUAAGCCUUUGAAACCAUAUACAUCUGGUUUAUUAUAGAUUUGCUGCUUAUAGAUUUUGCUCUUCGUCAUAAGGGCACAGGAAAACUGUAGUGAAACUAACUUUGGAUUUGAACUACUCUUCCAUUUUUUAACAAUGUAUUUGUGGUCUUGAAUUGGUUCAGAUGUUACCAACAUUUAUGGUUCAUGUAUUAAUUGGAAAAGGAAUAAAUCUGUGUUCCAGAGCAGAUCCAUCCAUAAAUAUACUUCCGAUUCUGACUUAACUUGGCUUCCGUACUCCUUAAAUAUAGGAGUACUGUUUCUAGUAACAUCUAAGCUAGAGAUAACUCCCAGUCAGACACUGCUUUCUAGAUAAAAAUUCAAGGUGAUUUCCGUGCAUCCCUAAUUCAUAUCCCAUAUCCAUUAUCUUCAAAAUUUCCCUCAUCCAAGAGCAUGGAUCAGGAAAAAAACUAGACAUUUCAAAAGUCCAAUGUUGCUGCCUAGUUGAAAAAGUGAACCCAACUAGCAAUUUCUCUUGGUGGGAAUCUCUAGAUCUUACCUUUAAUCUUAGCAGAACAUUGCCAAGAACCCAUGUUCUUUUGUUGGAUCCUGUUUAUAGCAAACAUAAGAUACACUAUUUGAGCUUGAGCAUGAGUCGUGUGUCUUUUAAUUGAAUGUCUGAUACGUACCUGACAUUCCUCUCUUCUCUUCAUCUGAGAGAAGAACCCAUUCCUCACCUCCCAUGGCUAUGACCUCCCUAUACCCUAUCAAUUUCUCUUAGUGAUUGAUAACACCCAGCUUCUCCCUUUGGUGGGCAAAGCCUUCCCUUCUCAUGCAAAGUCAUACCCACGAAGAAAACUGGCUCCUUUCAGUUACCAAUCUGAAACACCCUGAAAACAGGCGCCUGACCCAAGCAAGGUCGAAUUGUCUCUCCAGAGGAUUAGAGGGGAAGCUCUCUGACUUGGCUGUAAUCUGCCCCUAGUUCAAACCCAAGGCUUUAGCCCUGGACUGGUCCUAUGGGUAUUAAUCUGGAAGAUCACUCCAUCUUUCUCCCUGGCUGUCUCAGUUCUUUCUGUCUAAGGGCACAGUGCUGGAUGUGCCUGUCCCAUUUCAUUACUCUGUCCUAGACCAUAGAGACAACUGAGUCUUAAAACUAAAUUCUUGGCCAAGCAGAUUGUAACUUCUACCCACCACUACCCCUCAAACCAAAAUUCAGGCACUCAGCUAUAUGAGAAGAAGAUAUCCACUGGCCUUGGCCCAGUGCCUUUGUGAACAUCUGCCUUUUUUUUUUUUUUUUUUUUUUUUUAAAGAGGUCCUAUAGUUUAUAAUUUGUCCAUUUAGGAAGGGGUAGACUAGUCUUUACAGCAGUUGAAGUGACAUGUUUUCUUUCCUUCGUCCUUCCAUAAGGAUGAUGUUUUGAGGGUAAAAGUAUAUUGCUCAGGACCUCAUGUAACCUAGGACUCAUUAGUAGCUGUAAGAGCGUAGCCUGACCAAUCUGGACAUGUUCAUUAAACUGCACUUAGGAAGGUGAGAACAGCAUGGGGGGUAGGGAGACUUUAGAAGAACCCUGCCCCUGGCCCCCAGGACUGACAUUUUUUCUAUAACUUGAAUUGAUGAGCACCAUCUACUGAGGGUGGGCGGGGUAGGACUAAUCAGCGGACCAGGUUCAGGGGAGGCAGAGAGGGGAACGUACUGGACAACCACUAAAGCCACACCGCUGAUAGGGGCGGGGAGGCACUUGGGACCCAGUACCUGGCUUUGGUUUUCAGUUUUCUUUUCCUUUGGAUGCCAUCUGAGUCUGUGGUCCGCCUUUGGGGAUUAAAAAGAAGAGAUUCUGUAGCAGGGCCGGCUGGCCCGCACGAAUGAUCAUGUGCUUCCCUCUUCUCUCUGUCAGGCAGGACGUCUCCUGCUCCAGAGACUGGACAACUGGUCGUUUCUAUGACGUAUUUAUUUUUACUUGUGUUUCAUGUCACUUUUUUAAAAAAGCAAACAGAACAAUUGUAAAGUCAGUAUAACUGCCUAUCAGUUUUCUUUCUCCUUUUGUAAAAUAAAAUUUAAAAUAAAAAAAAAAAAAG